AGUGUCCAAAGUAAAGGUUUCAUAAAGGCAGAGUAGAUAAAAGGAGAAAGAAAGAAUAACAAUAGUUAUGGGACUUUUAUACGUUUGUGUUAACGUUCUCAAAAUCGAAAAGAUUAUUAACGUUAACUAAUUCAAGAGUGAGGCGCAAAAUGGCCACAGACCCUGCAAGCUUUGGCGUUUCGGGAAAUUGGGAUCCCACUGAAAUCCACUAUCCAAUUUGUUGAGUAAAGCUCACCUACGCCGCCGCCACUCCCCUCCUCCGGCGUCCUCUCUUCCUCCUACGCCGCCGCCUCCGUAAGCUUCUCUUUCCUUCCCAAUCUACCCCUCUUCCCUUUUUUAUGUUCCGCUGUAGCUUCUUUCGCAUUUUCCUUGAGUUUAACAUUUAUGUAUCCAACUGCCCCUCUCAUUUAGGAACAGAAUUAGCUAAAGCCUAAAACCCUAGUUGUUUUGGCUUAUAGUGUCUUCUUAGUUGUAAGUAUUUAUUUAAGCCGGUCAUUUUCUUUUUCCUUGGUUGCUUUUGUUCAAUCUUUUUUAGUUCUCUGCAGUCUGCAUGGAGUUAAUUGUGACAUUGUUAUGUUCAAAAAAGAAAUACGGUUUCUUUAUGUUCUACUUCUACUAGGUAUGUGCCUUUCUUGAUUGUGUUUUGUGGGAGUAUCCUAUUUCGAGCUUAAUUAGUGGCAUUAUCCUUUUUUGAAUGGUAAAUGUUUGUUUGUUGUUUCGUUUCUGCAAUUUAUCUAUGACUUCAUUUUCCCAUUAUUUUAGAAAUGCAUCUUACUGAUUGAUUUGUGGAGAAUUUAUCAGAGUAGGAAUACUGCAAAAUGCUACAACCAAAAAGUGGUUGGAUGAAAGUAUGAACUUAAGUUUAUCAAUGUGUAGAUAAUGGCACCUCGGUGCGUAGAUGGCCUAGAAGCUCCUGCAUGUGCUGUGGUGUCAGGGGAAAGGUCUGGUAUUAAGGCCGGUAGUGUUACCUUGUACAUAUAAUGCCUGCAUAACCUUGUAAAAUUAUGAUGCACGGCAACAUGCCUAGAGCUAUUACCAUGUAUGUCUAAUUAUCUUGUUUUGGUUCUCAGUUCUUAAUUUCUUCUCUUGUUUGUGACCACAAAAUUAUGGAUUAGUCUGGUUACAAAGUUUCACCUGCUUUCUUCAAAGCUGAAUACUGUUAACAAAGCUUUCAGGCCUCGUGUAUAUGCACUUUAUUGUUACUUUGAUCCCAGUAUUUGCUGGAUCCCUACCAUUCUUCAAUCUUCGUGUUUCCGCUGCCUUCUUUUUCUCCCGGAAAACUCAAAAUGAAGUAUAUCAGAAGAGCUAUUUAUAUUAGUCCGCACUAUGUAUUCACCCCGAGUAAAAUUGAUUUGAUUUGCUCCAGAAGGGUCCUUCCGUUGAUAAGUCAGUGAUUUUUGGCAUGCAUGAUUCUCUUGCCCUGUUUGAUGUGGUUUGAUGAAGAAUUAGAUAGUUGUUGCUAUUGACAAUUUUAUCUUCCAUCAACGUGAAGAAUGGAUGAUCAUGGGCUAAGAGAAAGCCAAAGACAGAGGACCGAUAACUGCAAAGUGGGUCACCCUAUGUGUAAUGCCAUCCCACAUGAUCACAUUAAGGAACAAAAUGCGUUCUUUAUGAAUACAAAGAUCAGCUCGCUACUAGCUGAAAGGAAUGCUGCACUUGAACAAAGGGACAGGGCACUGUUGGAAAAGAAAGCGGCUGUUGACGAGCGAGACGCAGCAAUUCAACAGAGAGAUGUGGCUGUCGCUGAGCGCGACAGUGCCCUGAGAGAACGUGACAAUGCGAUUGCCUCCCUACAGUUCCAUAAAAGUACUAUACAUGGAGCUCUAGGUUGUAGCAGCACCAAACGUGGAGUAAAACGCUUGAACCACCACAGAAAUCCUCACGCCAAUCAUUCCCAGUCUUUAUCAAAGUCUGAUGAAGCCCGUGUAACUCAAGUAAUUUCUUUGGCGGUAAUUCCAUCUGAAGCUCUCAAAUCUCAGUGUGACCGAGAAAGAAUGGGUGACAAUAGCAUUUCCGCCAGUACCACUCAGCUGUCUAAAAGGUCUACGAAGCCGAAGAAGAUUGGUGAGGAUUUAAACAGGCAUAUCACGACCGAUGGUUCUAAGGCUGAGUGGGAUGCUCUCGAUCUUAGUUCUAUCCAAUUGAUAAAUUUUGACGGGUCCAGAAUGCCGAUACCAGUUUGCACGUGUACUGGCGUAGCUAGACAGUGUUACAAAUGGGGGAGUGGAGGUUGGCAGUCAUCCUGUUGCACCACUUCCUUAUCUGUGUAUCCUUUGCCUCAAAUGCCAAACAAGCGACAUGGUCGAAUGGGUGGGAGAAAGAUGAGUGGGAGCGUUUUCGGUAGAUUGCUUACAAGAAUGGCAGCGGCUGGUCAUGAUCUAUCAAUUCCUGUGGAUCUUAAAAACUACUGGGCUAAACACGGUACGAAUCGGUAUAUCACUAUCAAAUGAACCGGAAGCAGUUCGUGAAGGAGCGGAAGUGGUUUAUCAGCGGCAUCAGGCUGUUAGUUUUGCUGAAAAUAUGUGCUUUACAUAUUGGGUGAACUGUGAGAGAAUGAGUGGUUUGUGUAUAUAUCAUGCUUUGCUUGGCUAAUGGAUUAUAUUAGAAUAGAGAAGGUCCCUGAUGAAGGAAAGUUUUUGUCCACUCUUCCUGUGUAGCUUCACAGUUAUUAACCAAACCAAAAAGUGUCGUAUGGUUGGAAAUGUGCAGAAAUAUGAUAAUUCCUGGGCUUUUAUCCAAACAUUCAAUUAGAAUGCUUUGGCCUCUUUCUUUUGUUCCUUUAAUGGCACUGAGUUAUGUAUAAUCGUCGUAUAACGGCAUAAUCUACACUAAUCGCCGAUUCUGCGUAUUCUCCUCAUUCUUCAUUGAGAAAAAAAGAUAGCCAUUCGUUUAUAACGUUCUCACAUAAGAUGGCUUACAUCGAAUAGCUUUUAACACUUUCUGG